CACAGAGGACAUGGUGGAUGGUGCUGGUGUGAGGAGGAGAGCAGCAGCAUUUCAAUGAGGGCCGGGCUAAUGCAAAUCACUGCAAUAGCAGCAGAAGGAAAGCAGCUGCAGCCUCCACUCAGCAAGAUCAGCGGCAGCUCAUCCAGUCAGGGGGCCGGGAGAUACACAACAAAGACCCUCCAGCCUGUCUGCCAGCACAAUACCAUUAACCACAAUCACACAGGAGACAUUUACUGCCUGAACCUUUAAUAUACUCAGAAAUCCAAUCAAGAACACGCUGACUGAGGGAUCCCUAGCAAAGCGAAUUGAAUCCUUAAAAUGUCCUUGGGGAGAGAUAUGGAACUUGAGCAUUUUGAUGAGCGUGAUAAAGCUCAAAGGUACAGCAAAGGGUCCCGGGCUAAUGGCUUGCCAAGUCCUACCCAUAGUGCCCACUGCAGUUUCUACAGAACUCGCACUCUUCAGGCCCUGAGUAAUGAGAAGAAAGCCAAGAAAGUCAGAUUCUAUCGUAACGGGGAUCGAUAUUUCAAAGGCAUCGCAUAUGCAAUUUCCUCCGAUCGAUUUAGAUCCUUUGAAGCUCUUCUGGCUGAUCUGACCAGGACUUUGUCUGAUAAUGUUAACCUACCCCAAGGGGUGAGAACUAUCUACACCGUGGAUGGAUGUAGGAAGAUAGCUUCUUUGGAUCAGCUGGUGGAAGGGGAAAGUUAUGUAUGUGGCUCUAUUGAACCUUUCAAAAAACUUGAAUACACAAAGAAUGUAAACCCGAACUGGUCGGUGAAUGUGAAGACCACCACUGCCUCUCGUUCUGGGCAACCACUCGCUGCUCCCAAACCGAACAUCUCUGAUGCAAGAGAGAGCAAGGAUUUCAUUAGGCCAAAGCUUUUAACCAUCAUCAGGAGCGGGGUGAAGCCCCGAAAAGCUGUUCGGAUUCUACUGAACAAGAAGACAGCUCAUUCCUUUGAGCAGGUCCUUACCGAUAUCACUGAUGCCAUAAAGCUGGAUUCCGGAGUUGUGAAGAGACUGUACACACUGGAUGGAAAACAGGUGUUGUGCCUCCAGGAUUUCUUUGGAGACGAUGACAUUUUUAUUGCUUGCGGACCAGAAAAGUUCCGUUACCAGGAUGAUUUCUUGCUAGAUGAGAGCGAAUGCCGGGUUUUAAAAUCAACAUCAUACACAAAGCUUCCCGGUGUGCCAAGGAGGAGUACAACCAAGAGUCCUGGGCCAUCCCGACGCAGCAAAUCCCCUGCAUCAACCAGCUCAGUCAAUGGCACCCCAGGGAGUCAGCUGUCUACCCCUCGCUCUGGAAAGUCGCCAAGUCCAUCACCCACCAGUCCGGGGAGCCUGAGGAAACAGAGGGACCUGUAUCGUCACCUGUCAUCGGAUGCUUUGGAUUCAGUAGGAGACUCAGUUUAAAAGAGAAAAUGGAGCAGUGUUUAUGGUUUGUGAGUCGGUGAUAGUUCAUUCCAACUGAUUUCAUCUUAAGCGUUAAAAAAAAAAAAAGUAAAGCAGAAGGUGCCUUUGGUCCAUAAACUAUUUUGGGGGUUCACAAACUGUGUUGUUGUGUUAAUGGGAAUGCUGUAAUUAAAAGUAUUGUGUAAUGUUUUGUAGAUAUAAGUGUGAGACAUUCUCUUUAUAGACUAUAAGAUACAAUAUAUUAAAUUACCAUGCAUUUAAUUUACUUGCACUCAUAGGGGCAGAUUCACUAAAGGGCGAAGUGGCCGUCGCUAGCGACAAUUCACCAGAAAUCUCACCUGCAGGGACAUCUGCAAUUCACCAACAGGUGUAGAGGACGAAUCACUAGCGAACAAGACCACUUUUAGAUACCCAGCCCUAUUCAAAUUAACCCAAGCGCAAGAGUGCUAGCAAAGUUUCGCUAGGUAGAAAUUAAAGCUAGAGAAAAUUCAAUAUGAAAUGCUCACCCAGCCAAUGUAACGCUAGCAAAAAUUUGCCAGCGUUCGGCUGCUGAGACACAACUUUGCAUUUUAGUGAAUUAGCGUGGUCGUAACGAAUUUGUGUCUGGCGAAGUGUGGCGAAGCGGUUGCUGGUAAAAAUUUGCCCUUUAGUGAAUUUGUACCAUAGACUUUAUAUCUAGUCAAGGUUUGGAAGCACAUAUCUUCUGUACAUGUAUCUACCAUAUUCUAUUUAUUUUCCAAACCGUAGAGUAAAAUAAUGAAUUGUGAGAGCAUAGCCUAUUAUAAGUACAGAAUAUUGUUGAUGUUUAUAUUUUUACUGUACAUUUAGGUUUGAUCUGUCAUGUCGCUACUACUCACUGGGAGAUUUUCCCAUUGCAUAAAUAGCAAUAUCACCCCUUGUGGUGCCUAGGUACAGACAGAAUAUGUGUAAAGAGGCCAUAAUUAAUCUGAAUGCUGCAUAAUUCACUGCCUUUAUAAAGGAAGAUUAUUGUAAGAUAGAAAUUUAUACAGAUGGAAGUGCUGGAAGGCUAUAGAAGUUGGUAUUGACAUGGCACCAAGGCAUGAAAUCAUGAUGUGCUUAGUUCUCAAAGCAAAUGCUGUUGUAGAAUUGGGGGUAUACUUUCCCUUUAAGAUUAGCGUUCCAUUAAGGACCUUCUUAGUGCCAUUGCAGCAAUGUUAAAUGUAUGGCUAUAAAUAAAGUGAGCGCCCAAAUAAAACCGCAUUUUGAGCAGAGUUUCCAAAGAUGAUCUCAUCAUGACAGCAUUUAAGUCUGCAGACUUAUUUGGUAAUGUUCAGGCUCUUGUCCAGGACUCUUAAAAUCAGGGAUUGUGUCCUUAUUAAUAUAUGCAGUUUUCUGCAGUCUGGAUCAUAAAAACUGCAUAAAUCACCCGCCAGGAAGAAUUGAAGGGCAAGCUUUCACAAAGCCCAUCUGCAAAAACAGUGCUUAUUGAUUAGCCACAUAAAUACCAAGAAAACACUAUACUCAGGAAAUUCCUCAGUGAGUAUACUUAGCUUUUCAUUGCCUGAACCCUCAGUGCAGCCCUUAUAAAGCUUCUACCAUGUGGAUACUCAUGCAGAGGUGCAUGCUGGGGCAGCUGGAAAGCACAUUUGGGAAGCAGAAGUUUGAGCAAAAAUUCGACCAGAUAUGAGUCGCUCAACUUAUGCUAAAAGAGGUGUUAUGUGAUCUAAUAACUGGUAAAUAGGUUCUUUAGCAUAUUUUAUUGUAUAGACUUAUUUUAAGAUGAGGAUAAGACACACCCAUGCAGUGGAAUGAUUUCAUGAAGAUUAUAUAAUGGGUUAGUAUCACUUGGAAACAACUGUCAAAUUACUAGCCAUAAUUUACAAUUUAUGGUCUCUUCUUUCCUCUAUACAUUCAUGAUGACAGAGCUGAUGCUCCGGCCAUUAGUUCAAUACCACACCAGGAUUAUAUUAGAAAUACUGGUGGGCUAUUGGGUAGGUUUGACCAUGAAACCCCUGACUAGUCAUGAUGCAGUCAAUUUAUAAAUCAUUGCAUUGACAAAGUUGGUAGGUCCAGAAAGUAGACUUUUCCUCCCAGUGUCCCAACAUGCCAUUAAUGAUCAGGACUUGCCCACCUAAUCUUUUGAAAAAGCAAUAUAAAAAAUAAAUUCCACUGUUAAGCAGGGAGCUAUCUUAACAUUCUGCUUUGAAAGGUUGGAGACAUAUUGAAUAAAGUCAUGCCAACCUAAAAACCUUUCUUCCCCUAAAAACUAUGUAGACCUCACCUGGAAUUAUGGAAAAUAAUAUUUCAGCAAAAUGAUGACCCUGCACAAAGUAAAGUUCAUUGUAUGGACAGGAUAGAUUUGAAGUGAUGUGAGUAGAAGAACUUGACUGGGCUGCUCAGAGUCCUGACCUCUACCAAACUGAAUACCUGUGGAUGAACAGGAAUGCCAAUGUGAGUCAAUCUUGAUUCCCAACAUAAGUAACCAAACUCUUAUUUGUUAAUGGAAGCAAAUGCCACCAACCUUCCAACAUCUAGUGGAAAAUAGAUUAGGAUCAAAUAGAUGAUCGAUUUUUAAUGAUACCCUUUAUCUUAGAAGAAGAUAAGGAAUAAACAGGUGUACACAUACCAUUGGCCAUAUAGUGUAGAUCUCAAGUCUUUCUCUAUUUACAAACCUUAUUUGUCUUUCCCGAGCCUUUUCUCUGCCAUGCACCAAGUGAUGCCCAAAGAAAGGGAUAUUACAUUUGUCAUUUCCAUCAGUUGCUAAAUACAGUGUUCAGCUCUUUUUUAGCUAAUAUCUGGCUGGGAGCUAAAGUACAAAAAUGACUAGUUUGACAUCAAUUGAUUUGGGAGGAGCCAUUCUUUCCAAGUGAUACUCUACCUAUAAGCCUUUUCACCCAUAAACCAAUACUUUAUGGACCAGACAGGCAGCUUAUGUCUUUUUUUUUUCUCUUUUAUCUAACGUCUCUGGUAUUUCUUUUGCAUUGAAUAACAAUAUGUAAACUUAAAAAAACUAUUACCAGAUUUGUCAUUGUAGUGCAUUGUGACAACCAGUCAUGUUCAAAAUCAUCUUGAAUGUUACAGUUGCUGAGUUACUGAUCCACUAAAUUACUUACUGCAUUUGCUCUGAAUAUUGUUGUGACCUUUGUUUUAUGGCAAUACAUAUAUCUGUGUGUUAUCUUGCUCACGCGGGGAUGAAAUGUAAAAGUGGAGAUAUGUUCUUUGCCAGAGAGAAGUGCAAAUUUUUGGUAUUCAUAGAUCUGUGUUUUACCAGCAGUGGUUGCUGGGAAUUGUAUGCAUUCAGCAUAUGGAACACUGAAGACUGGCUAUAGUUAUAAUAGGGCUAUGCGGUAAUUAGUGUCCCAUAGUCCUUUACCUGCUUGUAAAUCUUCCACAGAGGAUAUGUGCUAUUAUUUUGGAGAAUAUGUCAUCAAUAGAAUGUUAGCUUUUAUUGAAUACAUGUAUAGGAUCUGAAAUACAGCAAUGCAAUUUCCCAUACAGCCCUAUUUAAACAAGAUAUUCUUUAUUUUUCCCUGAUUUACCUUUUUCUCAAAUAAUAAAAAAGCAUUUUAUACUUGAUGCUAUCUAAGAUGUAUAAAUCCAUCGUGGUGGCCAAACACGUCUUUUGCAUUACUUAUAUUUUUAAGUGUUUUUAGUGGCCUUAAGGCAUGGGCUAAGCUGAGCCUGUCAGUAAGAUCCCAUACCUGUAUACAUGAAACAACAUCACUGAAACCUGUUGUCAAUGUAUUAAUGAUGCACAAGGCUUGUGGUCUAUCACCAUCAAGCUGACAUUCUAGAUAGAAUCACCAGCAAAGAUCUGGUCUAAUUCAUGAGACAAACAGAACACCUUUAUAUGUUUAUAUGACUCCUGCUACAUGUACAUGUCAUUUACUGAAUUGAGAACACAAAAAAAUGAAACCAUUUAGGGUUAUUCAAAAAGCAAGCAGUUCUAUGAUGAAAGUGUUAAUUCAUUAUGCUGAUAUUAUGUAAUACAAGUUUUCUAAUAAAGAACUACAUGCUACAUAUAUUUCCUCAUUUUCCCAGUUCUGAUAUCUUCCUGAUGUGCCAGGGCGACUAUGAGACAACUACUUACCCUUAAAAUAAUAUAACACUUUUGCAGAAUAUGUCUAAUUAGAGCACAGAGAUAUGCAGAUUCCCUGGUGCUUGACUCUCAGUGCAAUUGGUCAUUUUUUUUUUACAGCUGAUUGAGGUUCUAAUGCACCAUUACAACACUGUGGACCUUGCACCAGGGUUCUUUGCAACGACCAAGUUCCAUCCAUUUAAUGUAACCAAAAAUCACCAAAUUAUCUAGAGAUAAACGUUAUAUUAUCAUUACAACGCCCUUGUUGUCAUUAAAACCUUCUUAUCAGUCUUGGACUGGCAAUCUGUGGGUUCUGGCAAAUGCCAGAGGGGCUGCUGUAAGGUGCCAUAGACAGUCAUUAUUAAUUGGGCUGGUGGGGAGGCUAUAUGGGCCUGUGGAUAGUGAAAUGCCAGGGCCUAUUUUGAAUCCCAGUCCAGACCUGCCUCCUAUCUAAUAUGUAAGGCAUUUAUUCAAUAGCUUGAGCCCCAGUAGUUCUUAAAAGCACAGUUCUCUAUUGCUGGUACUUCACAAUAUACCAUUUCAACAGGUUAUCUUACAGUGUAUAUUCACUUCCUAAAUUGUCUUAAUAUAAUGUAUUUUAUUCCCUGCUGAAGAGGGGACACGCCCUCAAUUUGGUGCACCUCUUUGGCUCUGUCCCUCCCCAAGCCAAUUCACGUAUGUUGGUGGGUGACACCCUGGUUAGUUACCCUUCUGCUCCCCCUGGAAGAUGCAUGCUAUCAUAACUUUUGCACUACUAAGCACUGCUUGGUAACUAUAUGGCAGUUGGAGUAAGAUUGGUGGACACCAUCUUCUUAAAGCUGGCCAUAGUUGCAGCCACACAUGAACCAAACAGAACUUACAGUUAAUUUUUUACCCAUUUGAAAGUACAUGGCUUUGGCCACCAAUGUCUAAUGUCAAAGUCUAAUUCAAUUCAUAAUUUAUCCUCCCAAAAAAACCUGGUGGGACAAUGACCUAUUAACAUGAGUAUGCAAAUAUUGUCUCUUCUUUUGAAUGCUUCUAAAUUUGUUGAUCAAUAUAAUUACAUGCCUAUGAUUAAGGGAAUGUUUUCCGAAACGCAGAAGGCCAUGUUGUUACCCUAAUGUUGCAAUAAACUUCUUCAAACUAAUCAUACUUAUGCAAUUAAGACUGAAAGUAUGAAUUUGUAGAGCUUAUAAAUUGUCUCAUGACCACAUCUGGCAACCAGGAAGAUCUCACAAUAACAUAAUUUUUAAUGCAUAUUUUGAGACUAGUAGUGGGGGGGGGACAUGGUGCCUUGAUGAAAAACUCAAGUUUUAAAAUCUUUAAAAAAAAUGCAUUUAAAAUAAAUGUGAAUGACCAUAUUUGUUAUGUCUUACAAUGACCAUAAUGGAAAUGUUAAAUAAAUAAUGUGAUGUCCUUGUGAA